AUGAGUUCAAAGAAUGUAGACCGGCUUAGCAUGUUGCCUGAAGAGAUAGCUUCACAUAUACUCUCUUCAAUGCCUACGAAAGAUGCUGUGCAAACUAGCAUUUUAUCCAAAAGUUGGAGGUACAAAUGGAGGCUUGUCACGAAUCUUGACUUUGAUGAUGAUACAUUCCAUGAUAAAAACAUCUUGAUAAAAUUUGGAGACUGGGUAAUGAACGUUUGUAAGGCAUCCCACCUUCAGUUAUUUCGGUUACACUUUUCUAAACGUUGGACUCUGAAGUCAAGAGUAUCAAAUUGGAUUGAUAAGGCAGUCAGGUUAAACGUUCGUGAGCUUGACAUAGACGUUACCUCAUUUUCACCUAAGUUGCCUUUAAGCAUGUUCACUUGCAAGACACUCACAAAACUAAAAUUAGAUUUUUGUGAUUAUGUUCGGAGUUUUUUGACGGAUCUGCCUUUGGUUUAUCUUCCUUGCCUGAAAUCACUUGACAUAAGCGUUUACACCGAUCAUUACAUUAAUGCAUUGUAUAAACUCAUCAAUGGUUGCCCACUGCUUGAAAAUUUAUCUUUGCAUAUUAUGUGCAAAGUGAAUAAAGAAAAUUACAUAUCCAAUAUCCCUACUUUGAAAAGAUUGAUAUUAACAUGGCCACAUCAUACAUCUGUUAUCAACAAAGUUUUUUUAAACGUCCCUGAUCUGGAAUACCUAUGUAUUGGUGGUAUGUUGUGCUCGGUUUUUGUAAUGGAAGAUUUGUCGUCAUUGGUUGAGGCUUCUGUUUCAUUUAGUGAAAUAAUAUUUGAUCGUCAUCAUCUGUUGGUUGAGCUUCUAAAUGGAUUAAGUGGAGUCAAAUCACUCUUUGUUCAAAAUGUAAGUUUCCUAUUCACUUCACCUCUGCCCAUCUUUCCAAAUAUGAAGCACUUGAAGUUGAAGAAUUUCCAGCAUUCUAGAUCAAUCCUUCAGUUUCUUGAAAGUUGUCCUGAGCUGAAACAUUUGUACGUUGAAGAGGUACCUGGGCUGUUGAUAUGA